AAAGGUGUGGAGACAUACAGUGAAAAUGUUUAAAGAAUUAAUUUUUCUAGUUUGCAUUUUAAACUUUUCUUUGGCAUACAGAGAAUAUUGUUCAAAUAGAAAAAGUGAUAAAAAGUGCUAUUGUAUACACACGGCGGAUACCAAUUACAUGACUGCAGUGAAAAAAGCGGAUUGUUCAAGUAUCAAUUUAAAGAAUGUUCCGGCAAGUGAAACUUUGGAUAAAGAAUUGCUGUACUUGGAUGUCUCUUUGAACAACAUUGAAAGACUAGAUAAGGACUACGCAUAUACCAAUCCAAUUUUGACCUCUUUUAAACUGUGCCACAACAAUAUAAUGUCCAUAGAUCCCACUUAUUUCAAUGGCGUACCAGAUUUAGAGGAGUUAGAUUUAAGUUAUAAUAAUUUAUCUGCAGUGGAUAGUGAUAUAUUUACACCACUGACAAAAUUAGCUAAAUUAAACUUAGCAAAUAAUUUCAUUACUAAAAUACCACAACUACAAAAAACCAAAUUAGUCAGUGUAGAUUUUAGUUACAAUAAUCUCACCGCUUUCUUUAACAAUCCCAACGUACGAUUGAUUGAAUAUUUCCCUCCUCAUGUCACUGACGUUAAGUUGGAUAGGGUAGGUUUAAUGGAGAUAUCAAAUAAAUUCUUCGAUGGAUUCGUCAAAGUUACCAGAAUUUCUUUAGCAGACAACAAUUUGAAUCGUAUUCCUGUACUGCCGAACACAAUUGAAUAUUUGGAUUUGUCCGGGAAUGUGAUAACUCAGGUCACUGCACAUUGCCUUAAUUACCCCGCACUAAAGGAGUUGAAGCUUAAUCGGAUGGCCAGUCUAGUCACUAUUAAUCACUACGCUUUCUUCAAUUUGAGAGCAUUAGAUCGAAUAUCUGUGACAGAUAAUCGAAAUUUGGAAACGUUUACUGAACUCGCAUUUGGUUAUUUGAAAGAUAACAAGGAUUUUCAUAUUAAAAGUUUGUCUCUCGCGAGAAAUGGUUUGAAAACACUCAAUGAGACGUAUCAGUAUUUCUUUGUGGAUAUAGAGGAAGUGGAUUUAUCGGGUAAUCCCUGGACAUGCAAUUGCACACUAUUAUGGCUGAUGAAAUACGCUAGUUAUAGAACUACAAUCAACGAGGGAAAUUUACGUUGUUACGCUCCGUACGAACUGCAUGGAUUCGAAAUUGAUGAAUUAACUGAUGGAGAUUUUCCAGAAUGUUUCCCUCAACAAUAUCCCCAAAAAACUCAUAGAAUUCUUUUGACUUUUCUAAUAUUGGCCAUAUUAGCUCUUGUGUUACUAAUAUUUUACCUUAUUAAAAUGGCACCGAUGUGGUAUGGAAAUCCUGGACAAAGCGUGGGACCGAACUCACCUUACAAUAUUGCUGCUAAUACAGAUGAUAUGUAAAUUUGAAUUUUAAAAUGUUGUGAAGAUAAAAUCCAAUGAUUAAAGGUGAAAAUUAUAAAGCAACUUUUAGAGAUGAAGAUGUAGUUUUAAAAAUUUGUAAUAUACCAAACUGAACU